GUUAGUGCUGCUCUUUUGUUUCCGAUCGGUCAAUAUUUUGAAAAGAACUUUAAUUAUGGCGACCUUCAUAGCACAGGCGUGAAAAUGUCUCUUAAUUUCUUUUUACUUGUCUGAUAUAUUGGAGCGCGUAUUAAAACCGAUGUCAUGGGUGUGGUUAGACACGUGGUGUGUGCUAUGUCUGGAGGGGUUGACAGUUCUGUCAGUGCACUGUUACUCAAACGAAUGGGCUAUCACGUGACUGGUGUGUUCAUGAAGAACUGGGACUCUCAGGAUGAGAGAGGAGUCUGUUCAUCAGAGAGAGACUGUGAAGAUGCUUAUAAAGUCUGUAAGAUGCUGGAUAUGCCUUUCCACCAGGUCUCAUACGUUAAAGAAUACUGGCAUGAAGUAUUUAGUAAUCUUCUUCGUGAAUACGAGAAGGGCAGAACACCAAAUCCAGACAUAAUGUGUAACAAACACAUCAAGUUUAAGCACUUCUAUCAGUAUGCAGUUAAUACUUUAGGUGCUGAUGCCAUGGCAACAGGACACUAUGCCCGGACGUCCCAGGAGGACAAGGAGGUUUUCCAACAGAAGCAUGUUCCACCUCCCAGAACCCUCUUCAGAGAUCGGUUUGAAAUUAGAAAGCCUGUGCGGCUCUAUCAGGGUGCUGACCGCUUGAAGGACCAGACAUUCUUUCUCAGUCAGAUUUCCCAGGAUGCUCUGCGACACACAAUAUUUCCCCUAGCUGGGCUGACCAAAGACUUUGUGAAGAAAAUAGCUGCUGAAGCUGGCUUCCAGCAUGUUCUAAAGAAAAAAGAGAGCAUGGGGAUCUGUUUCAUUGGAGAGAGAGAUUUUGAGAACUUUAUCCUUGAGUACAUAGAGCCCAAACCGGGAAACUUUGUCUCCAUUGAAGACGGGAAGAUCAUGGGGCAGCAUAAAGGCUGGUUCACUUUAACACUGGGUCAGAGGGCUAGAAUCGGAGGACAGGUUGAUCCUUGGUUUGUAGUUGAUAAAGAUAUCACAACCGGUGAUGUAUUUGUGGGUCCAACCACUAACCACCCAGCUCUGUUCCGAGACACGAUCCAGACGGACCGUUUCCACUGGAUAACAGAAGAGCCGCCUGUUGAGCUAGUCCGAACUCAGAUGAUGGAAUGUCUCUUCCGUUUCAAUAACCGGAUGCCUUUAACUCCAUGCACUGUAACCUUGAAUCUAGAUGGGUCAGUGUGGAUAAUGCUGAAGGAGACGAUAAGAGCACUGACACCUGGACAGUUUGCUGUCCUGUAUAAGGGAGAUGAGUGUUUGGGCAGUGGCAAGAUCAUUCGUCUCGGACCCACGAAAUUCACUCUUCAGAAAGGUCAAAACUGCCUGAACUGCCCACCUAAAGACACAACCCAACAACAUCCAGAGCCUGUCAGCUGAGACACAUGCAGCACAAACCAGCACACCCCUUGUGUUUCAUGUGAGGGACAAUAACACGAACUUAGGAGGCUCUUUUAGGAUGGGGAAAUCCUUAAUGAGAGUUGUAUGUUUAGUGUGUUUUUUUAUUAUUGUAAUUCACUUAGGAAUUGUAAUUUAU